CAACAUCACCCCCCACCCCCGAAACGUAAGGUUGUACGGUAUAAUUCUAGUCUGGUUUACCGUCUAAAUCUGUCAAGUUCCUUUGUGAUUUUGUUAACGACAGCAAGUACCGUCAUUGGAGUUCGAGUUAAUUUGUUAUUCUGAACUUGCUAAAACUGCUAUUAUUCUGUCUAGGGCGUGCAAUACUUCGAAGGGUGGAAGUGGGGCAUGAUAAGGCCAAGUCAAAACAUAGAUACAAAAAUGCAGACCAAAAAGUCAAAUGACUUUCAAGAGCUAAAGAAAACAAUAUGCAAGAAUUAUCUGAAGGAUUCCUGUCCAUAUGGAAAAGAAUGUCGAUUUCGUCAUCCACCCAAACAGCAAGAAAAGGGGACAGACAUUUGCAAGUAUUUCUUGCAAAAUAAAUGUAAAAGGGGAUCUGAAUGCCCAUUCCUACACCAGAAGCCUAAAGCAGAAAAGAAGCAGCGACAUGAUUGGCUCACAUUCUGCCUAUACUUUCCUAAUGGACAGUGCAAAAAUAAAGAGUGCAGAUUCUUACACAUAACAGAGGAAGAAAAGCAAACAUUUCGAACUACAGGCAGAAUAGGCCCACAUUUGUUAGAACAGGCAAUGUGUAAGGCCCUGUUGCAAGAUGUCACCUUAGAUGGAGUCACACCAACUUGCAAGGAAUACCUGCAAGGAUGUUGUGAAUGGAUGUCCUGUCCACUGCUUCAUGUAAGCAGACAAGAAUUCUCAGAAGCCAUUAUUGAUAUUAUGAUGGAAAAAUUUGAAGCUGUCCUUGGUUCUCCUGAACGUUACCAUGGACGUCAUAAAAGUGCCUAUGACACAUCUGCACGACACAGAGAACCUGUUGGUUAUGUGUCUUCAUCUUUUAGAGAUACUCACAGGCAAGAUAGGUAUGCUCAAGAUACUGAUGAGGCUUAUGGAAUUGAUUAUAGUAAAAGACCUAAUUGGUACAAUGAACAAGCUGGUGGAACAUUGGAAUAUGAUCAACAAGGGUAUAUUAGCACUGAAACUAAUCGCAUUAUAAAAGGAAUAUAUAAUUUAAUGAAAGCUGAUGCAGGUUUACUCAGGAACACUGAUAAAUAUGAAGUCACAGAUUUAAGGUUGAAACUGAAUAGUUUAGCUGAAGAAAAUGCAAGGUGCCAUUAUCAGUAUUCAAGAAUGCAGGAAGUAGAUGGGUAUAAACCCUUGAUACCAUCACCUUCAGGCACAGAUAACCUCAACUACCAAGAUAUUGUAAGGCGACUAGAGAGAGAGAAUUUGGAAAUGAGAAGAGAACUGGCAAUGCUACAAGGGAGGGAAGAAAAUAAUGCUCACGGUGGAAGAUAUGGUCUGCACCAGGUAAGCAUAUGUCAGAAAUUAGAAUUUUAUAUAAGUAAUUUAUCAAGUAAUUACAUAGCUAAGGUUGCUAACUUGUGCGGCAGCUUAAAUUUAAAAAUUUGCGAUACCACUUGUAUUGUUUUAGUGUAGAUGGCAAACCCAGCC